AGGAGCGGAGUAUGCCAGCUCCGGAUGAUCCGCUCCUGGUACGGGACUUCCUCGAUCCGGCUCGCUUCAUCGAAGCAGUGCGCAGCAUCGGCGUCGAAUUCUUCUGCGGGGUUCCCGACUCCCUGCUCAAGGAUUUCUGCGCGUACGUGACUAGUAAGGUUGCCCGAUCCAACCACGUCAUCACGUGCAACGAGGGCAGCGCGGUGGCGCUGGCGGCGGGAUACCACAUCGCCACGGGGCGCCACGGUCUCGUCUACAUGCAGAACUCGGGACUGGGCAACGCCAUCAAUCCAUUGCUGUCGCUGGCUUCAACGGGAGUGUACAGCGUGCCGAUGCUGCUGCUAGUCGGCUGGCGAGGAGAGCCAGGUAAGCGGGACGAGCCUCAGCACGCCGUACAGGGCCACGUCACGCCGGGCCUGCUCGCGUCGCUCGGAAUACCUUUCCAGCCGCUCCCCGACUACCACGAGGGCGCGGUGCAGGCGCUCGAAAUGGCACGCCAGCACAUGAUCAGCGCGAAAGGUCCCUACUGCCUCCUCGUGAAGCGACAGACGUUCCUCCCGUUCCGCCUGCAGCGGCAGCAAACGUCGUUCGCGUUGACCCGCGAGGCGGCACUGCCGGCCGUCAUCGACGCGCUGCGUGGUGACGAGGUGUGCGUGAGCACGAACGGCAUGCUCUCGCGAGAACUCUUCGAGUACCGCGCCCGCCGCGGCCAGCCGCACAGCCGCGACUUCUACACCGUCGGAUCGAUGGGCCACAUCGCCACGAUCGCGCUUGGCAUCGCUCUCUUCCACGCCAACAAGCACGUGAUCUGUCUGGACGGCGACGGCUCGGUGAUUAUGCACAUGGGGGCGCUGGCUACGGUCGGACAGCGCGACCUGCCCAACCUCAAGCACGUCGUCUUCAACAACGGCGCGCACGACUCCACCGGCGCGCAGCCGACGGACGCGGCGAACCACGACGGCUUUUCCUUCCCGAGAAUCGCCGAGGCGUGCGGCUACCGGGAGACGCUGGUCGCGCGCACGGAGGAGGAGGUGAGGGAGAGCGUGGGCAAGAUGCGGGCGGCACGCGGUCCCGUCAUGCUCGAGGUGAAGUGUCGCGUCGGCGCGAGGAAGGAUCUUGGACGACCGACGUGCACGCCGACGCAGAACAAGGCCGACCUAAUGCACUACCUUCACGCGGCAAAUUAAUGGGACAGAAAGGACGAGCUGGCGAAGGAACAAGACCGACCUAAUGCACGCCCUUCAGACGGCAAAUUAAUCGGAAACAAAUGAGGAGCUGGCGGAGGAACAAGUCUGAUCUGAUGCACUACCUUCACGCGGCAAAUUAAUGGGAAAGAAAAAAGGAGCUGGCGGAGGAACAAGUCUGCUCUGAUGCACUACUUUCACACGUCAAAUUAAUGGGAAAGAAAGGAGGAGCUGGCGGAGGAACAUUAAUGACGUAUAUAGUCA